AUGUCCAGGAAUAAUUUGAGCGUAUCUUCUGUUGGAAAAUGUUCAGAGGUCCGUAAGCAGAGGGACUUUGAAAACACUUACACAAGCUGUGGGAAAAUACCCAUGCAUGGACAGGUGACUAUAAAUGCAAAAUUUGAGAAAGGCAUUUACCUCCCAGAAGAUGCCGAAUUUUACUUUGUUUAUGACGGAUCCAUGAAGAGGCACAUAAUGUUUGCUGAGCGGAUAAGUGACAAUGCUCUUCGGUCCCUAGUUCCAGGCCAUGGAUGCCAGGAAGAAGUUUCUGUUUCCGUGUUAAUGUACACAAGGGGAUACUCACCUGUGGUCCUCGGCAGCUGUCCUGUCACCUACAGAGAGAACCUGUCUUGCAAACUGUCUCGUUUUCUGGUCAAUCACACAGAAUGCGUCAGUGCCACUAGUCACAAGGUUUUACUGGAUAAGUUUGGGCUAACAAUAAAAGAUCUGCAGUCACUGGAUAAUGAUUUGACAAUGGCCAUUGCUCAUGAAGAAUUGCCGUCAACGUGGAGCAUCCUUGGAAGCUACUGGAAAGGUGAGCCUACACAGAAAGAAACUCUUCUCCAUCUUGUGAUGAAAUUAGGCUUGGUUAAACUCUCCCAGUUCUUAGCAGCCCAGCCUGGAGGGUCAUUGGCAUUAGCAUUACCUAAUGAGGAUGGAGCAACACCAUUAGAUUUGGCUUUACAAAACGGGCACUCCAAACUUGUUGAGGUCUUCACAAAUUCUCAGGGCAGCUGCUCGCCUGACAUUUCCACAGCGGAGAUCGGCGAGGGUGCCUGCGUGCGCUUUGUUCGCUCAGCAGCAGCCCUGACGCUGACUUUUGACCACACGGCAGAACAUUUGCUGGAGUCGGACGUGAGGCUCUUCAGAAGGUACUUCUGGAACAGGCCACUGCUCUACAAGAGUAUUAAUUCAAACCAAGUUGAGACAGUGGAAGGUCCAAAAAUGCCCUGCAGUACGACAAGCUCUGUAGAAGGUCCUGCGAACUUGACAUCUGAUGAAUUGUCCCAGGAUGAUGUGAAGCCUUUCCAAGAUGCUGUGGUUCGUUCUAAAGAAAAUGAAGAUCAUGUCCUCUUGGACAUAGAGCAGAGACAUUCUACCUUUGAUGUUCUUAAGAAGCUAAAAACUCCACCUACUUUCUUUGCUGCAGCCAGACUUUCUGCCAUGUUGAAUGGAAGAGAUGAAGUAUAUGCAAACUGCAUGGUAGUAGACCAAGUUGGGGAUUCAAAGAUGAACUACAUUCAUGGAGAUGGUGUCAGCAGUGAAACAUGUUUGAAUUCCACCAACUCAGCGUCAAUGGCAAAGAGCUCUUCGUCUCCAUCUCUGGAGGAGAAUGACCAAUAUAGAUGUGAUCCCAAUGAAAGAAAUCAAAUGUCAGUAAAAAACAGAGAAAAUGUAGGUUUAAGGCAUACUGUUUUACCUUCUGAUCUGUAUGGACCAGAUUCCUACAUUCCAUUCAAGACCCAUGGAUUUAUUAAGGAGAGAGGUCAACUUUAUGCUGACAUGAAAAAAAGAAGUUCAAGUCUUGAUGACCUUGAAGUAAACAGUGGAAACGAAGGUGUUUUGGACAGACCCCACGUUCCCUCCCCUCCCCUCGGCCCUUCAGAUGUGAAGGCUUGCAGCAGAGAUGGAUUAGACUCUUCUGAGAUGAGCAGUGAUUUUAACAUCAGCCGGGCAGAAUCGCUUUCCUUAUCUACCAGUCUGCAGCCCAAGGAAUGCUCACUUUCUGGAAUUCGGUCACGCUCCUAUUCCUGCUCCUCGCCAAAAGGUGUAUUAGAAAGACCUUGCAUUCCUCGGGACUUCACAGUUGGUGAUUCAAAUGAAGAUGGUGUGCUCAUGAACAGUGGUCGAUCCCUCCUUCAGGCUCUUACACUCUCUAAGUCAGUGUCUCUGCUCCACCCCUGUAAGCGAGCGUACAGCCUGCCCGAGCACUCCCGGGAGAAAAGGAUUCAGGAGGAGGAAUGGGAUAAGUAUAUUGUACCUUCAAAAGCAGAAUCUGAAAAAUGUAAAGUGAGUCGGACUUUCAGCUUUCUGAUGAACAGAAUGACUAGUACGCGGAAUAAGUGCAAGACAAAAAAUAAAGAUACCAAAGAUAAAGAGAAACUGACCAGACAUAAUUUUAUAAAUGGGACUUUCUCAGGAGUUAUGCCAUGUAUGGCCUGUGAAAAGGCUCUCCUAGGAAAGGAGUCCCUUCAGUGUUCUUAUUGCAACAUGAUUAUCCAUAAGAGCUGUAAGGAGUGUGCUCCUGUUUGCACGAAGAAAUCCCAGGAGAGGUACCAUAACAAAAGCAAGCUCCAAGCUGGUGUAGCAAAUUCACUGCUUGGAGAUAUUCCACAGCCUGUGCUGUCCUCAGUGCAUCCUUCUUCCUCUGUGCCUAUCGGACUGUCUGCUGGGAGGAGGGAAGCCUUGCAACAGUCCCACUCAUUGUCCAAAAGUGUCCCCAGUGCCAGUUUUGAAAGAAGAUCUAUGCCAUUUCCUGAGCAAGACUGUGAGCCUAGUACCUGGAGGUCCAAGUCGCGUUCUGAGGAGAUGUUACAGUCAUUAGGGACCUUUUCUUCAAUGGAUUCAUUUGUGAUGGAAGAUGAUGUGGAUUCAUCUCAGUGGACUGACCUAAGCUCAUAUGCACAAGAGUUUGAAGCAGAGUCCUGGAGUCUUGCUGUGGACCCAACAUUCUGUAGCAAGCAAGAAAAGGAUGUCAUCAAGAGGCAGGAUGUCAUUUUUGAGCUGAUGCAAACAGAAGUGCAUCACAUCCAUACCCUGUUCAUUAUGUCUGAAAUAUUCAGGAAGGGAAUGAAAGAAGAACUACAGCUGGACCACAACACAGUGGAUAGGAUAUUCCCCUGCUUAGAUGAGCUACUGGAGAUCCACAAGCAAUUCUUCUGCAGAAUGAGGGAGAGACGGCAGGAAUCAUGUGAAGGGGGGAGUGACCAUAAUUUUGUAAUCAAUAGGAUUGGAGACAUUCUUGUGCAACAGUUUUCAGAGGAAAAUGCAACCAAAAUGAAGAAAAUAUAUGGGGAAUUUUGCAGCCAUCAGAAAGAAGCUGUUAAUCUCUUCAAAGAGUUACAGCAAAACAAGAAAUUCCAGAAUUUUAUUAAGCUGAGGAACAGCAACCUGUUGGCACGACGCCGAGGAAUCCCUGAGUGCAUUCUGCUUGUCACUCAGCGAAUCACCAAAUACCCUGUUCUGGUUGAAAGGAUAUUGCUGUACACAAAAGAAGGAACAGAAGAACAUAAAGACCUAUGCAAAGCCCUUCGUUUAAUUAAGGACAUGAUUGCAGCAGUAGAUUUAAAAGUUAACGAAUAUGAGAAAAAGCAAAAGCUGUUGGAAAUUCUCAGUCGGACUGAAAACAAAACAUACACAAAGCUGAAAAGUGGCCAUGUUUUUAGGAAGCAAGACUUAUUGAGAAAAGAGAGUAUACUUCUUCAUGAAGGUUUAGUGUACUGGAAAACAGCUACUGGUCGUUUCAAAGACACCUUAGCUCUGCUUCUAACUGAUGUGCUGCUGUUCUUACAAGAAAAAGAUCAAAAAUAUAUCUUUGCAGCUGUUGACCAGAAGCCUUCAGUUAUCUCUCUUCAGAAACUCAUAGUAAGAGAAGUAGCCAAUGAAGAAAGGGGGAUGUUUCUGAUCAGCGCUUCAUCUGCAGGACCUGAAAUGUAUGAGAUUCAUACCAACUCCAAAGAGGAACGUAACAGCUGGAUGAGGCAUAUUCAAGAUGCAGUGGAAAGUUGUCCAGAGGAACAAGAGGAAGGAAAAACGAAUGAAUCUGAUGAGGACAGACGUAUUGCUGAGGCCAAAGCAUCCAGAAUUCAGAAAUGUCAAGAAUCACUGAGUAACCAGGACCAGCAAAUCUGCAGCUGUUUGGAAGACAAGUUGCAUAUCUAUGCAGAACUGGUAGAUAUGAAUAGGUUUGAGGAUGUGCAUGUAGAGCCUCACCUCCUUAUCAAACCGGAUUCUGGAGAAACUCCACAGGCUGCUUCAUUGCUGGCAGCAGCACUCAGGGAAGUUGAAAGCCUCCGUGUUGCUGUCACGUCACAAGUGAGUGAAACAGACAGAUCAUCAGAGGAAAGUACUGAAGAAUUAAAUCUGAAGUAUGGACUUAGUGCCAAUGAAAUCUUGGAGUCUUUCCCUGGUGAUGCAGAAAUGAAGGAAGUUGAAGAAUCAUCUGACGUCGAUCUCAGUGAAGGCACAUUUCCUGUUGAUAAGGAAACGUCAGAUGACAAUGUAAAGUAUCAGGAAGGAAGUAUGAGUUUCCCAGGAUCUACAGGGACAGAGAUUGUACAAGCAAUCCAGAAUCUAACUCGUCUCUUGUACAGCAUACAGGCAGCAUUAACUAUCCAGGACAGCCACAAAGAACUCCACAGGUUACUUCUGCAAGAGAAUGAGAAGACAGGUCGGGGACAUGGUUCCUGGCUCACCCUCCUCAUGGAACAAGAGAAAUACCGGAGCUCAGAAAAACAAAGGGAGGAGCUGGCGAACAUAGACAAACUCAAGCAGCAGUUCCAGCAGGAGCAGCAGCGCUGGCUGCGUGAAUGCGAGCAGCGGCAGCGGGAGCAGGAGGCGAGGGAGGGCUGGCUGGGGCAGCGGGAGCGGGCCUGCGGCUGCCAGGAAGAGCUGCUGGAGAGGAGCCGGCAGGGGCUGGCGCUGCAGUUACAGGAGUACCAGCAGAGCCUGGAGAGGCUGUGGGAGGGCCAGAAAAUGGUGGAGAGAGAGAGAGACAAUUUGAAAAUGCAGAAGAGGCUCCUCUGGCGCUGGAAGCAUGGUCGCCAAAGCAGCCUGCUGUCACCCUCAGGGAGCUACGAGAUAAUGGGACAUAAUCAGUCGGACCGCUUACUUCGUGAAAAUUCAUUCUACUUAAAUGAAGCUGUAGUAUGUGUGUCUCUAAGCAGCCUCAACAGAUCAGAUUCUUCUCUUGUUUAUGAAGAUGGUGUAUAUGGGUUGAGCAUCUCAAACUCUGAUAUAGCACAGACUGGUGAAAAUCAGGUGGAUCUCAGAAUGGACACUUCUUGUCAGCCAGUGUUGACCAAUGAACUGUGGAAAUCCACUGGCCCUUACCAACAGAUGCCUUUAUCCUGCAAAAACAACAAGGAUGCCUUUAAUAAUGAUCUAAAUGCCUCACAAACCCAGGGUCCCCAAACAAGCGGUCCAAGCCAUGGAUCCAUCCAGACACCACGGGUUGAAGCACUGCUACUGAACCACCAGCCUGAGAGUGUGCAGGACAUGAAGAGUGGAGACAGAGGAGAAGAGAAUAUUGUUUACCUCUGACGGCUCAUUUUCUAAUCUCCAUAGCACUUUAGAAAUAUAAUUGUGUUUGCUUUUCUAAAUGUCUGUAGUUGCUCUCUGUAUGACCAAGUAGCUUUAAGGAUAGUAUUUAAUACUCAAUGCAAGAUUUUCCCAAUGAUACAUACAACAAUUAAGUUAUUUUGAAGCCUUUAAAAAAAUUAAUUUAUGAUUCUAUUUCAAGUGUUUUGCAAGAAGUGGGUAGCAGGGGAGACGUAACAUUUUGGAAUUGCAAAGACACCAUCAAGAGCUGUGAAUGCAACUGUUGCUUUUCUCAUGAGUCCUCUUUUUAAAAGAGCAAACUAAGAGAGAUGGGCCUGCUAUUUGUGAUUUCAGGGUAUGAAUCAGCAACCCUCUAACAAUUGUGAUAUUACAUGAGAAGAGAGCAGUGUAAUAAUAAUAGCUAUAAUCUUUCCUGAAAUGUGCUAUGUACAUUAACUAUUGGGUCAUUUUCCUUAUCCCUUGGCUCAGAAGCUGCUCAGAGGAGGGUGAUUUUUGUGGUCUCAAUGUAAUUGCUAGUAAGUGUUUGUUCACGUCCAAGACCUUAUCAGCAUUUUGGUACUGUUGCCAGGUUCUGUGUAGAGAUGCUGUAAGUCAAUUUGCUAUUGUAUUGGAACUGUACCUCAUGUCAGUAAGUGCCCUUAUACAUUAAAAUUUACCAGAUGAAGUCUCAUUGGACAAAGGAAAAGAGAGGGGAAAAACAGUAGGUUUUUAGUUUAACCAGUCCCUUUGGAAACUUUGCUGCUUUUCUACAUGGAGCCAACUAGCUUCCUGCUUUCAGGUUCACAGGAUCAUCAGGCUGUUAGGCAGUAAGAAACUGGGACCUGUUUUGUGCCUUUUUGUCUUUCAGUAAUCUUUGUACACUUUAAUUGAAUCAAUUAAAUGCUCUAUGUCUUUCUGCAAAACUGUUGUGUUGAUGUAUUGCUGGGUCCUCCAAAGAAGUUUGAAAACAGAAGGAAAAAAUUAACAUAAAAACUCCUUGCGCAACAACUGCGUUGGUGCAGCGCAACCAAAGUCGCACUGCAGGCACCUCAG